CGCGACUGGAUGAUCAUAUCUGAUAAGAGACUGCAACCUGGUGCAUCCAAUGAAGUCUGUUCAUCUUAUCCUUCCCAUCAUCAUUUGCGGAGCCACACCGCGCAAACUCAUGCAAAGUUGAUUCUUCCUCCCCUCCACAGCUUAACAAUUCUCCUGAUGCGCUGCCAGCACAUUUCUUUUUUUAGUAAUACAGAUCUGGUUGUUUUCCAACCAGCCGACGGUUCCUGCGACGAAUUGACUAUUUUUCUUUCACAGAACCCCGCUUGUGCUUGGUCAUCAUGUUUUUGACCAAUAAAAUCAACUGCUCUUUACGCCACAUGUCUGCCAUACCAUCUCGAUAUCUUGGCUAUUGUCACUUAAGGCUGGUGAUAUAUGCAGGUCUGGAUGCCAGGUUCGGGGUGUUAUCGGCCAGCAUCCCCGGCCGUGAAAACCUUGCCGGUCAAUCUUUCCGCUUCUAUACCUUCCAGCAUGGGAGGCUUCCACUGGAUUCGAUACCUUGUUCAAGUAAGCACCCUGGUCGUCGCUGUUAUAAGGGCAGGCCGGGAUGGGUGAGAGGGCCAAUCAUUCCAAGAUAUGUCUUAUCCGUGCAUCACCCAUCCAUCUCUCCGCGUCCGUGACCUUGCCGAUGCUCAGCGCGUUCUCGAGGCCGUCCGGCUGCGCAUCCUACCCCUUAUCACACGGCGCCUCGGUUCGCAGGAACGUGCCGUCCUCAGCAGCGGCAAUGUGUUCGUCUGGCAAGAGUCCAAGGCCGAAGAUGGCCUUGAGCGUUGGACCGACGGUCGGGCGUGGUCCCAGAGCAAAAUGCGAAACGACUGCUUGCUCUACGAGGAGAAGGUCGCUAUGAGUGAAGAUGAGAAGGCUGCCAAGGCUGCCCGGCGGCUUGACCGCGUUUGGUUGGACAGUUCUAGGAGAGCGAAAAACGGCUGUGCCGAGAUCCCUGCUGCUCCCAAGCGCAGAGACCGGCCGACAAAAAUCGACGGGCUUUGGAAACAGACCUAUUCCGUGUUGAUUCAUCCGCCGGGAGCCCCGAGUCCGCACAAGUGGCACCUUGUGGCAUACUACUCUGUUAGUCCCUCGCAUCGAUUAUUGCGUAAAGACGCCCCUCACAUCAGGCCCAGGAAUCGGAUGCUCCCAAUCUUCCCGUGGUUGAAGACUUCGACUAUCUAA